AGUCAGAUAGCGGAUCUGGCAGCAAAAGGAAAACGAGGGGGAAAAAAACCCACACAAGAAAGUUUCCUGCUAACUUUGCAGCCGCGGCAGCAGCUAUGCCCGUGCGGUGCGGUGCCUCGGGGCUCGGGGGGCUCGGAUCGCCUUAGGAAGGGGAGGGAGGGGGAGAGACGAAAGUGUGGGGCUGGCCGGAUUAAAGCAAAAUAAAGAGCAGCACCCCUCCCCCUAAGCGAGAAGGACCCAGCAGAAGCGCGUGGGGUGGAGAAAACAUCCCGGGGAGAGCUGACCGGAGGCAGUGAGCGAGGAGAGGAGGGAGGGGGAACACAGAGACCCAGGCAGGCGGCAGAGUUUUGGGGAAAGAUGAGCUUGUUGUCAGCCAUAGACACCAGUGCUGCUUCUGUCUACCAGCCUGCCCAGCUCCUCAACUGGGUCUAUCUGUCGCUGCAAGACACCCACCAGGCCAGCGCCUUUGAUGCCUUCAGACCCGAGCCCUCUUCUUCCCAGCACCCCGAUCUCAGCUACACCAAGAACAGCCCGGAGCUGGGCUCGUCCCUCAAUUCCAGCUAUCUGAACAGCUUCUUCCAGCUCCAGAGGAACGAGAGUAAGGAGGCACUUUUGAAUCGAGCUAUUGGCCAGAGAUCUAAUAUGUUGCAAUCCCUCUCCCCGCCUCAGAAGGCGCUGAGUAGCAGUCUGUAUAAGAGCGCUUCUCCCUAUGGCUCUCUUAACAACAUAGUGGAUGGGUUAAGCUCACUCACUGAGCAUUUCUCUGACCUAUCCCUCUCCUCGGAAGCCAGAAAACCCAGCAAGAGGCCACCUCCUAACUACCUAUGUCACCUAUGUUUUAACAAGGGACACUACAUCAAAGACUGUCCACAGGCUCGUCCAAAAGGAGAGGGUCUGACCCCGUACCAAGGCAAGAAACGCUGCUUUGGUGAAUACAAGUGCCCUAAGUGCAAGAGAAAAUGGAUGAGUGGAAACUCCUGGGCUAACAUGGGACAAGAAUGUAUCAAGUGUCACAUCAAUGUUUAUCCUCACAAACAGAGACCCCUGGAAAAGCCGGAUGGCCUGGAUGUUUCAGAUCAGAGCAAGGAGCAUCCUCAGCAUCUGUGUGAGAAGUGCAAAGUUUUGGGCUACUACUGCCGUCGUGUGCAAUAAACCUUCAAGGGUGGCCUCUUCCCUCCCCAUCAUCCUGCGAGAUCCUUUGGCAGCACGCGGUCAACAGCGACUCAGAAUCCAAGACAAAAAAAAAACCUAAAAAGAUUGCCAAUUUUGCCUAUCUUUAAACUAAUAAUAUGCCUUACCAUUAAUAGAAUGUAACACUUUUCCUGUGUAUGUGUAUACGUGCAAGAUAUAUUUAUAGGACUAUGGUGUGUUUUAUAUAUCGAUCUAUCUAUAUAUCUAUCAAACAGUGUUACUGAUAGUGUUCACAAUGGAACCACUCCUGUGGUUUCUGUUGAUUGUUUACACAGUUCCUAUAUCAUGGCCAGGUGAAAUGAAGAGAAGUGCUGUUUGUUAGGCAAGGUAUAAUGUUCACUGGGGAGUAAACAUUAUGAAUGGCUUUUGCAGGACUUAGGUAACCUGCAAGGCCACUAAUUGGGAGUGCUUGCUAACCCCAUGAACAUUAUUCCUGCUGUACGACAAGACAAAGGAAGAUUCAACAAGCCACAGCAUUAAAGAAAGGAAACUAUCAUAUUUUCCUUGCUUUGGAAGAUUUGAAAGUUCCAUGCUGCUGCUUUCUUGGACUUCCAUUGCUUAAUGUAACUUGGGUAGGGCGUAGGUAGACUCAGUGAGGGUAAAACCAAGUGUAUAAUUGUUUGAGGGAGUGGUUUUUUGGUAUGGAAAUGGAGAAUAGCAACUGGACAGAUUGUCAGUAAGGAUUCCAGCAUCUUUUGGGAGAGACUAGUGUUUUUGCUUUCUUUGGGCUGUGAUUGACUGAAAUCCUUCUCUUGUCAUAUAAUUUCUUUUAAAUGGGCCCUUUAUGUGUAUUUGCUAUUCAUUAGGCCACAAGCACACUAAAUUUACUGUGAAUAAUGGGGAAUGAGAAUGAUUAAAUUUGUCCCCAAACCCUAAUUGAGUGAGUAGCCAGACUUAAUAUUUAUACUAGUUCGAAAGCCACUUUCUGGAAAUAUUUUUAUGUCCUGUUUUCUACUGUGCAAAUUUAUUAAUAUAAAAGUAUAUACAUAUGUAGCCACAGGGGUUGUAUGGGGCAUGAAGAACAUAACCUACCCUCUUCUCUGUCUUUCUAAAACACCUAUAUAGGUUAGGAGAAAUGUAGUAAUUGUAUGUGGUUGUCCUAUUUCAGGUAGAAGAAACUUUGUGCAGGAGGAUCCUGUUACAAAGGAAUAUAUAUUAUCAGAGAUUGGGGAAUGUCAUGAAAUGAAAGUACUUCAAGACAGUAUUCUGGUUUUGUAUGUAUUUUUAAGAGUACAUUGGCAAAAGGACAGAAUGAAUAAGACUUGUAUGUGUCAUCCACUUCUAUAGAAAACUACAGGAGAGUGUUUUUUUAAAAUCAACCAUUUUUUAUUUUCAUGAAAUUUUCUUUAAGAAAUGGUUGUGUGUGUUAUUGUUAUGUAGUGAUGUUUUAAAUUGGAAACACUCAUAGUAAGUUAAAGCUGUUUCAAAGUUAAAUUUGAUAGAUACAAUCCAGAGUUAUCGCAUACCAAGGUAGGAUGAAGUGGUACCAGUACAACCAGUCAGAGUCUUGUAAAGCAGAUUAAAAACUUGUAGUAAGCAUUCCCACGUGAAAUGUGAAGAUCUUCACAAAGUUGAUCCAGAGUGAAACUUUUGCCAUUUCCAUGCUUGUCUGUGAACAGGGCAAAAUGUCAACAGGGCAAAAAUGAUUUGUUUAGAAACUUCACACAAAAUUCAAUCUUCACAAUUUAUGGGGAACCCAAAAAUUCAAGUAGGAAGUAAUGUGGUCUACUAGUUAGAGUAGUGUACUGGGAGACAGGACACAUGGAUUCUGUCCUGGGUUCUGCCAGUGGGCUGCUGUUUGACAUUGGGCAACUGUCUGAACCUCUCCAUGCCUCAGUUUCCCCAUCUGCAAAAUGGGGAUAAUAAUACUUAACAUACCUACCUCACAAGGGUGUUGUGAGGUUUAUUUAAUGUCUAAAGGCAUUUUGACAUUGUUGGAUGAAAACUGCUAUAUAAUUACAAAAUAAUAUUAAGUUAAACACUCUGAGACUAAUUUUGCCCAGUUAGCAGUACCAUAAUUUAAAAUAAAAAUAUGACUGAAAUUUAACACUAAUCACAGAUUUUGAUUGCCUCCAUCAAGUGAGACAGUUAGCAUCUUCAAGUGGGAAUGCAUUCUUAGCUGAAGACUGAAAAGUACACUUAGGGACAGAUUUUCUAAACAAAGCUUCUUAAUUUGCCCAUAAAAUAAUAACAUUUCUGCAUGCCAGUUUAGAGGUGGGUUUUUAAAACUUGGCAUCAGUGUUAAUUUUGACCCAUUGUUUGGUGUGUCAGUAAUUCAAAGGGAAAGACUGCAAGAAGGCCAUACAAUAAACGGGCUAUAAUUUUUUCCCUUGAGCACUUAAUGGUAUAUUAGCAGCAAUUUCUUUGACACUUAAUAUCCAGCUAAAGGAAAAGCUAAGAAAUAGCACCAAACAAAAGCUAAGAGAAAAGCCAUUUUCUUCAUAAAGCUAAGAAUGUAGCAACCAACCUACCCCUCCAUUUCAAUAUAAUUUCAAAUUUGUGGCAACCAAGACGACAUACUGUUGCUGAACAUCAGCACUACAAAAUAUGUAGCUAUAUGUAGCUAUAAUUACAUGCUAUAAUUAAGCCACUGCAGGAUCUUAACAUAGACCAGUUGAAGGACAUUAUUAAACAAAAUUGUUGCCUUUUUCACAUUAGUACCAUUUUAAAUGUUAUUUGUUCAGGUUCACUAUUGCAUUACGGUGCUUUUAGCUUGUAGAUUUCUAGGGAACGCUUUAAACCAAGGUUCCCAAAUAUACAUCCCGUGUGGCUUUAAUGCAACUACCAUUUGCAUAUGCAUAGAAUAACCUUUUUUUUUUUUUUUUUAAACACAUACUUGUUGGAGGUUAAAUACUCAUGUCAUUAUAUUAUCCUACAUGUUAGAAAUGUCAGCAUAUUAACUGAAGACACAAAUCAAAUGCAUUUGGGUCCUGGUCCAACUCCAGAUGAAGUCAAUGGAAAGACUCCCGUUGACUUCUCUGGGCUUUGGAGUUUCCCCUCCCCACCCCACCCCAUUUUAGUUAGUGACUUGAAAGGAAAGGAUGAAUAUUGCUUGCUGGAACCAGGCAAGGACUAUGCAAGCUUCCCUACACAUCUCUAUCAGUGAACCCCUUUCAUGACCAAUAGCAUCCCCCUCUUAUUGUAGUCUUCCGCCAGUGGUGAUUAAGCAGUUACCACUUAAACUUGCACAAUGUACCCAAAUGAGGUGUAGAAUGAAACACACCAAAUGUAUUGACACUGGUGACCUAGUAAGUACAUCUUUAAUUAAUACUUAGUAAGCACAUUUGAAAUAAACAAGGGGUGAAUGGGAUCCUCCUCUUCACUUAUGCUGGAGAAGAAGGGCCCAGAAGCAGGCAGCGAAGGAGCUAAGACUGUGGGACAGCAGGAAGCAACACUCCCUGGGCCUUCUCCCCUCUCCCCAGAGUCCACAAAAACCACUCCAGAUGAUGGGGGCGCCACAGAUAUAUAAGCCAGGAAGAGGGGGCAGAAAGGGAAGCAGCAUGCUCUUCUCUGAGCCUGGUAGGGGUAGAUUGUUGCUUCAUGCAGAAUUUAUUCUUGCCAUGCUUUCCAUCUGUAUCAACGAAGCAAGAUAUACGGUGCAGUCCAUGGGGUGUGGAAGAAGAGUGAAUAGCAUGAAAUGCCAGAGAGCUGGAGACGUCAGCUCACAAUGCUUAUUGCCCCUACUUCCACAGGGAUGAAAUUUGGCUUCCCUCUGGGUUUUUUGGGCCAUCCAGACUCACUGUGCGUUAUCAAAAACCCCAUCCCCCAAGGGGUGGAUCUGGGGAAAAGUCCACAUGGCCAGAGUUUCAAGUGAACUCCUUCCCCCUCCUGACGGGAUUAUUAGGACUGGAAUGUUGAGCUCUUGCUAUUUAUCCUUAUUGGUAAUAUCCUAUUUGUAUAUGGAUUUAUACAUCAGUAUCGGAACAUAUUUCACUGUUAAUCUAAAGUAGUUCACAGUUGUUAGUCUUUAGUAAGGGCACAGUGUUUAGUAAAGGUUUAAAUUUUCUGAAUUUCAGAUUUACGCAUUUCUUUAUAAAAAAAAUUAAUUUUGACUAAUACAACAUGAUUUUUGCUUUUUUUUUUUUUGAUAAAAAUUCAUCCCAUUUUUGACCAGCUGAAAUUUUCCAGAUUUGAAAAUUUUCAUCAAAAUUUCUGAUUUUGACCCAGAAAAUAUGGGAUUAUUUUUUCCUCAAAUUUUCAUGACAAAUUUCUACCAUUUUUUCUUUGAUCAGCUCUAGUUUUUUAACUCAUCAGCUGAUAUUCCCUGAAUUGGUUUUAGCUGUUUUAUUGAAAGUCAAAAGCAAGUCUUAGUGAAAACAUUAGUAAUUCAGUGCAAAUUAAUUCAGUCUGAAUUAAUUAAUUCUGCCUGAAGGAAUACACACUAGUUGCUUCACUGAGUCUGCUGAUAGCAGCACACAUGAAAGCAGAAUUUGACCCUAUGGAUAUGUUUGGGAAACUUAAUUAUAAACAUUAGAAUGUUAUCUACCUGUGAACUGAACUGUGCACCACACCCUAUUCCUUGUUUCUUCUGGAGACUUUUAGCAUUCAUUUUUUUCCAUGUAAGCCAUAAUUCUUCCUUCCUUUAGUCAAUCAGAACCUUCAUGUAUAACCUAUCUUCGGGAUCACUAUUGCUCAGGAAGAAAAAAAAAAGUUGACAGGGCUACAUCAGUUUGCACCAGCUGAGGAUACUUCCCCCACAAUUAUUUAAAUCUUGGCCCCCAGUUACCCAGUUUCUGCUGCUGCUUCCCCAUAAUACAUUAUGAUGCCACCUGAGCAAAAUCCAAGGCCUUGGUGUCUCAAAAUUGCUUUUUAAUUGCAAAUAAAUACACAAAAGGUAAAUAUUAUUUCUGCAAAUAAGUGUAUUUUAAAGUUCCCCAUUAUAUGGGACCUAGUCUGUAAACGAUAAUGUGAAGUUAUGUAUAUCGGAGGAGGCCAUUUAUAGAAGGAUCCUCUAUAUUUUACCUUUUUGUACAACAUGGAAUUUAGACUAGACAUGAAUUGCAGACUCUUGAAGCUAUAGCCAUUAUUCCAAAAUGAAACUACUUAAACCAGUAGAUGAAAACUAAGACCAUUUGAAAGUAUUAGAAAUAAAUAGAUUAGUUCUCUAUGGCUUGCAGUUAAAUCGUGUGUGUGUCCAGUACAUAUUCCAAGUGCUCGUCAGUGAAUAGCAUGCAAUAAUUCAUCAACAUACAAGCAUUGUUAAAAUGAAGUCACUCAGCAUGUUUCUCUCACUUGCUUCUGCCAACAUAAUUAGAAAUUUGAUGGAAUUUUAGCCCCUCACAAUGUUGUUUUUUAAGACAUCACUCCACUCCUGAUUGGAUAUCAGUGCAUAUCAGUUUUACAUCUGCAAAAACCACUGCUGUCCAUUUAUAUUGCUUAAGUGCUCAGAGGGCUGAUAGAGAUAUUAGAUGUAUGGAUGACGGUUUGCGUUUUUAGGAUGAAUUUCAAAGGGACAAUCGUGUGCAGUUACUAGAUGUAGUUGAUUGAUAUUAAUGUUUACCCCCCUGUAUGAAGUAUUUUACAGUUUUACUUGCAGAUGUGUAUUUAUCUUGAGUUAUACUUGACGGAGUUCAUUUCAGUUUUUGUUUUGUUUUAAUACUAUGUGUGUAUUUUGGAAACCUUUUUAGAUGUUAAAAUUUUUGAAUGGUUACAAAUAUUUCUUGUAAUACUGAAUUAUCUUAUCUGGAAACUCUUUGCAGUAACUUUUUUGUAUAUAUUUGAGGGCCUUUUAAAAAAAGAAAAAUAGUAUUGUUUGUUUGUUUUUUUUAAAAAGUGUUUUUACAACUUGGAAGCUUUCAAAAGGGCCUUGCUCUCAACUAGAAUACUAACAGAGGUAAGAGUUUUCUUAAGUAUUUUGCAAAACUAAGGGUAUAUCCUCAAGAAAAUAUUUAUGGAAGUAAUUUACAUUUUUGUUUUUUUACAAUGCUUUUGUUUGUAUAAAGUAUGCAACAGAACUACAUUAAGAAGGAAAUAUUGUCUACAUAGAAUAUUAUAUGAAAGUUGGUACAUAAUUCUGACAAAAAACCCUUGCAAUUCUUUAAGCCAUAUUGUUUUUGUUUCCUUGGAUGAAAAUAUCAGUAUUAAGUAACCAAUGUAUUAUUCAAGUGCAUAGACUUCUAUUAAUGAGCUUAUGCAGUUUAUUUAUAUGUGUAUUUUGGGAAGUAUUGCCUCUUUAGGAAAAGCUAUAACUAGAUGUAUUCGUGAGUAAGGAUCAGAUAAUAUUAUACUAUCACUUUAUGUCUUGUGAGAGACACAGUAAAUGCUGAAAGCACAGUAACUAUUCAGCUUUCAGAAAUUAUGGAACACAGAUAUCCAAUUUUUGUAUUGUAGGGUUUUUGUUUUCAUAAAGCGAGGGUGGGUGUGUGUGAAGGUUUGGUGGGGGGGCAUCAUUUGACAAACUGACAUUCAUGGCAGUUUGCAGACAAUAAACUGAGAGCUGCUACGCAAUACUGGCUAAAGCAAUAUUGUCAAUCAAAGGACAUAAUGGAAAAGGAUCAAGGUAGAUUGUUGUAGGGAUUUGUGUCUAUUUUAAUUAGAAUUCAUAGUGUGAUAGAAUAUGCAUGUGCAUGUAUUUGAAGCAUUUUUACACUUUACGUUUCAUGUAGCUUGAUUAUGUAAUGGAUUUUGUUUUUAAACCAUGCUUAAAUGGAAGGUUUGCCUAAUCCUGUACUGGACUUUUGUUUCCUUUAAAAGGUUAUUUAGUACAGCAGUCACUACAUUGUAUAAUAGUGCUAAAACUGUAUCUUCUGAAUUUCUGCAGCUUUAAAAAUUAGCUUAAUUAUUAUGACUUUUGUUUGUUUUUAACCAGCUGUACCCACGGACCUUGUCAAUUUUAGUUGCCAAUUUGUAUGAUUUUCUGUUCUGUAAUUGUUAAUAAACUUGUACAGCUUAAAAACAAAAACCUAUGGACACAGGCCUCAGAGGGACCAGUCCUUCCUCAGCAACCAAGAUGACAACUUACUCAACUAGUGACUGUGUUGCUGAAAAGACUGUAAAGCCUCUGUUGUGGAUUGUCCAUAAAAUGGCAUUCCGACAUGUGCCUUAUUAGCUGGAUAGUAUACAGCUUUCCUCUAGUAUCAUAGCAUUUUAAUGCUGUAUUAAAAUAUUGCAACAACACA